AUGCCCUUUCCUUCAUCUUCUUCUGCUCCGCCUUUUGUUCUCACUCGCUCUCUCAAGUCAACCACAAAAGACGACCAACUGUUUGCUGCCUUUCCUGUUGAAAUUCGCGUCGAGAUAUUCCGGCACUACAUCGGAGAGCUCUUCCCUGUUGACAAGACCAAUGCUGGUCCGCUGCUUCUCCUCCGUGUCUCUCGGGCAUGGCGAAAUUUGGUCUUGCACACGCCACAACUCUGGUCGUCGUUCUCGCUCGAUGUUCAACGGGCCACAGUCCUCCACGGCCAACGCCUCAUUUCAGCUCUGAAGUACUGGCUGAAGCAGUCCAGGCACGUGUCGCUGACAUUCAAGCUGCGAUACCCAGUCCUGGACACGGUAUGCACCAAACUAUUCCAAGAAAUACUUUCGGCAUCUUAUCGUUGGCGCGACGCAACGCUUCACGCGCCGAGUGCCAGUCUGCUGUCACUUUGGGAGGCCAAGCAAGAUAGCUUCCCCGCGCUGAGGUCGCUGAGCGUGGAAACAGUCGGACUCUCGCCAUUCCUCAUUCCUGAUUUGGGUCUAAACUGGGCCCAGUUGGUCACACUCGACCUGUUCCUCAUCACGAUUCCCACCCUCGACGACUGUCUGCACAUUCUCGAGCAAGGCGUCAAUCUUACGGCAUGCAGCUUGAACGCCGUCUGUGUUCUGGAUACACGUGAUCCCCAACGCGUAAUUGUGUUGCCCAAGAUGAAAGACCUCGAGUUGAAGCUCUACAACGGGGAUCACAUCUCGCCAUCAGAGACCAGCCUCCACGCCUUUCUUGAUAAACUGGACUGCCCUGCUCUUCGAUCGUUCGGCGUCAGUUGGAACCUCAUCGACCAUUGGACACAGCCAGACAAGCUCUUCGCGUUCCUCAAUCGGAUAGGCGCCCAUCUGGAGAGCCUGAAUCUGGGGUACCUGCCCCUCACCACACCCCAGAUCGUCCAAGCGCUUAAAGCAGUGCCCUUUUUACGCCACUUGAGCCUUGCACUGUCCCAGGCCGACCGAGAGAAUGAUUACAUAAACAACGAGUUUUUUCGAGCACUGGAAGAUACCGCCCUGGUGCCUCGCCUCCAAAGUGUCCACCUGAACUGUAACGGCGAGUCGUUCAAGAACUCCUCCCUGCUCUGCUUCAUGGCGUCGCGGUGGAAAUACCAUGGCGGUGGUGGCCAACUGGAAGCGCUGGACAUCGUUUCUCCGAAGAGGCAGGCGAAGUACCGGCCCAAGCGUUUCCAGGACUUGAAGGAGGGCAAGCUGGACGUCAGGGCCUCCCUCAAGUCCGAAUCGAGCAUGCUGCGUGUGGUCGCAGCUUACCUGAACAAAGACUCGUACGAAAUGUUAUGCUUUAUGAACUCUGAUUUCCCGUCGGACAUUCGCUCCUUGCUGCAUUUGUAA